AUGAUCCAGUGUAGGGAACUUCCGUCCCAAGUCAGACAAAACUACGAAGCAAUCAAUUUGGAUCAGUCAAUUGCAAAUGAAUAUAAGAUUGCAAGAGGAGAAAACAACAUUGAGCGCCGUGUCGGUCAUGGGGUAGUCGUGGUGAAACCUACAACUCAUACGCUAUUCUAUGCCAUCACGUCGGCUGUGGCAUGCGCUAUUGCUGCUGGAAAUACCUUUGUGGUUGAGUGUGAAAAGAACGCUGUUGAUGACUUGCUCGCAUCCUUGUUCCAGCCUCUGGAUUGGGAACUAUACGCCCUGGUUCAAGGUCCUAUGAGUGAUCAGGAUAUGCUUUUCACAGCACUGAUCAUUGAUCAGACGGGUAUAACCGAAGCGCCUAACGCUGUCAGGCCUUUACCCAAUCUUCGCUCCGUUACGGUUAUUGACCGUACAGCGGACGUUGAAAAGGCAGCCCAGCAUAUCCUUUCAGCCCAUCUUGCGUUCUCUGGGAGGUCACCCCAUGCCCCAGAUUUGAUAAUCAUCAACGAGUGGGUUAAAGACAAGUUCAUUGAUACAAUGGCACGAGAAAGUCUAAACAAAGGUUGUGACAUGCAUUCAAGUCAUGCUGAUGCCAAGCAUACCGCAUGGAAGAAAGCAGUAUCAGAGGCAGAGAGCAAGGGCGAAGCUUCGCUUAUCAGGAAGGAGGGCUUAAACUUGGUCGAUAUUCAUCAGAGACCCGAGUAUCUGGUCGCGUACCAUUACGCUGAGCCUGCUGCUGGAAAGUUCUUGAGCCAACAGAUCAACAGCCAUUGGUCUUUCGUUAACCACAUUCCCGCACAGCUCCUUGGUAACCAUACUCGGUGA